AAAAAACUAAUAAAACUAAGUACGGGAAAGGACAGUAUGAACGACGAAGACAUUGGUGAGAACCUCUGUAGUGGGUGUUGCUGGCGCUCAAAGAAAUCAAAUUCGAGUAGGAAUGGAGAAGAUUUACGAUGCCUAUCCUCCCUCAACAAGCGCCGCGAUGCUCGGUUUAGUUCUACUCGUGAUUUCAACCCGUGUGCAUCUUCUCGCUACGACGAGCAGUCCGCAUUGCUCCCUUACUGUCGUGUUAUCAAAGAAGACGUGAGUGCUGUAAUAGUCCGUACUCGGAUAUUGUGAGGAAGAAUAAAACAGUGAUUUUACUUUUAUGGCAAAGCCGCUGUUUAGUGUGAAGAUUGUCAUUUGUCACAGAAACAUUAGCUUCACCAGUAUAUCAAGUCCUAUAUGACAGAGUGAAUCUUGAUACUUCUCUGUAGCCGAGAGUGUUCAAUGUGAUAAACCACAACCCAAGUAAGAACGAAAGUGUUGCGUCGCGUGAAUUCUGUGAUGAAAGACAAGCUCCCAAUCGUGCAAUUGAGGUAGAGAAAAUAGAAAAGUGUCGCGGUUUCAUAGCACUUGGCUUCGAUGGAAAUUCUAUCUAGAGUAGCCGGAAGUUUCGCUGGCCUUUGGAGAAAUCGGCGACGUCCACACAGUGAUGAGCACAUUAGCCGGAAUCAUGCAAAUGCUGACGAUAGAGAACCUACAUCUUAUCAGGUGGCGAAAUAUUUACAAUGCAACCCUGAGUUCUUGGAUACAUACAUUAUGGAUGAAAUCCAACUCGAACAGUUGGAACGGUGGAUGAUACGGAAAACUCAGAGAUCCAGAAAAGUAACCCAAUCUGUCAGCAGAAAUGGCCGCAAAACAAGUCUCAGCCGGUGGAAGUUUUGCGUACACGCUGAUAAACGCCAGAUGCUGCAAGAUCUUAUCCACUCAUUGCAGUUAAGGCCUACAAAAAUGCACGUGCUUUGGGAGUUGGCGUCUUGCAUUUGCUCUGCCGUCAAUGCGGAUGGUUUUCGUUUAUACUUAACGGAUGCAUCCGAUUCAGAUGCAUUACAUUUAUGUCUCAGUAACAGCUUCAUCGACGAAAACGGAGACCCAAAACCACUCAGGAUCAAAUCAGAUGCAGCGAUACCGAACUAUGUCGCGAAAACGAGGGAACCUAUACGAUUCUCGAAGGGAGAUGACGAUCAACGAUUAAGCCAUGAUGUGCUAGACAAGAGUGAAAUGGCACAUGUAAUGUGUCAGCCUAUUGUAUAUCCAGAUGGAUCACUAGUCGCUGUCCUAGAAUUGUGGCGCCGUGACUGUGGAUCACCAUUUUAUGAGGAAGAUGAAGAAAUUGGCUGUAGUUACUUGGUUUGGGGAGGUAUCGCAAUACAUUACGCACAUCUCAAUCUAGUCGGACUAAAGCAGCGAAAACUUAACGAUUUUCUGUUAGCGGUGGUCAAGUCCAUAUUUCAAGAUAUGGUUAGCAUGGACAUGUUAGUGUCAAAGGUGAUGAACUUUGCUCAACGGCUAGUCGAUGCAGAUCGUGCUUCACUGUUCCUUGUGGAUUCUAAAAGCAAGGAGUUGUAUGCAACUAUCUUCGACGUUGGCUGUGACGAAAAGACUGCAAUGAACGAAAACGAAAACGAGCUGAACAAGGCCCCAAAAGAAAUAAGAUUUCCGCUAGGAACCGGUAUUGCCGGUCAAGUAGCCAUGACUGGUGAAAUUUUGAACAUAGUCGACGCAUAUGCAGAUUCCAGGUUCAAUAGAACAAUAGACCAAAUAACCGGAUACAAAACCGAAUCCAUUUUAUGUAUGCCUAUCUUUAUACGAGGUAAUAUCAUUGGCGUUGUCCAAAUGGUAAAUAAGCGAUCAGGCUACUUCAGUAAGGAGGAUGAAGAAGCCUUCGAAAUGUUUGCGGUGUACUGUGGUUUAGCUCUACAUCACGCAAAACUGUACGACAAAAUACGAAGAUCUGAACAAAAAUAUCGGGUAGCUUUAGAAGUAUUAAGUUACCACAACACAUGCUCCGAAACGGAAGUGGAAAAAUGCCUCGUGGAAGGCAUCCCGCUAAAGAUACCAGGCAUCGACAGUUAUGAUUUUAGUCCGUUUGUGAUAGAUGACUUCCAGAAGGCCAUCUACAGUGUGUUCAUGUUUAAGGAUCUGUUUGGACUGAGCAGAUUCGACAAAAAUAGUCUGAUACGGUUCACCUUAACGGUGAAGAAAAACUAUAGGCGUGUCCCAUACCACAAUUGGACACAUGGAUUCUCGGUGGCAAACACUAUGUACAGUAUUAUUAAAAAUUGUCCAAACGUGUUCCGACCAAACGAGUGUUUGGCAUUAUUUAUUGGAUCUCUCUGUCACGAUUUGGACCAUCGGGGCAAGAAUAAUAAGUUUAUGUUGGAUACUGAGUCCCCAUUGGCUGCCAUUUACAGCACUUCAACCAUGGAGCAUCAUCAUUUCAAUCAAACGGUAACCAUACUUCAACAGGAAGGGCACAACAUAUUCGGCAAACUAAACAGUAGCGAAUACAAACAGGUGCUAAGCCUAAUCAAACAUUGUAUCCUAGCAACGGACCUCGCACUAUUUUUCCCUAAUAAGGACAAGCUUAGCAAAUUAGUGGACAAUGAGCAAUUUUCCUGGACUGUAGCUGAGCAUCGAAUGCUGAUUCAAACAAUCGCUAUGACCGGAGCUGACCUAUCUGCUUCGGCGAAACCUUGGGCAGUACAAACUGAAACUGUGAAGGUAAUUUUCGCCGAGUUCUAUGACCAAGGAGACGAAGAGAAAAAGGCAGGACGCCAACCAAUUGCAAUGAUGGAUCGUGAUCAACCUGAACAGCAGGCUGCAUCUCAGCUAGGUUUUCUCAACGGUAUUUGUAUUCCAUGCUAUACGCUUCUGCAUCGACUUAUUCCGGAAACGAAACCGAUGCUUGAGAUGUGUAAUGAAAACCUAGAACGGUGGCAGCAAAUUUCACAGGAGAAUCAAAAGAAGGCUCAACAACAGAGUUAAAGUCUAGUCAAAAAUAUUUAUUGUUAAGAAUGUGUUGUUGUCUGGCAUUACAAACUUAAGGUGAAACAUCUUGGAGCCCGCAAUUUCAAAUUUGUAUACAAACUUCAAAGGCAGAAGUCUGACAAAUGAAUAACAAUUGUAUAUAUCGGCACUAGCAUUUCAAAAAGGCGUAACUGCUUUUGCAAUCAAUUCCUUCACACAAAACUAUUAAUCGUAUCUCAUCGUCCUCAUUCCGAGUAAUGGGAGGUAUGCACUUCAAACGGAAUCGCUUAAGUAAUUUUCGUUCAGUGCAUUAUUUUUCCGUGACCGGAAUGAUCAAGAAAUUUAACCCAGCAAGCCCCAUUUGAUUUGACGUUUCGUUUCAGCUCCGUACUAGGAUCCGGAAUAAAGCGACGCUUACACCACAAUAGAUCAAAUUAAUGGUCGCAGUGGUACUAUGUCCCCAACAGGAGAAAAAAAAAGCGACGCUUCAUUAUUUCUUGAGCGAUUUCUUGCCUGAAUUUUCCACGCAUCGAGAUAGGCCAAGAAAUUUCUUACGAUCAGCGUACUACCCAUAAUCCAUUAGCACAAAUAAAAAGAUAAAAUCUUUUCUUUUUUUGUUUGAUGGAUGUGAAUUGCGUGAGAUGAACAAAAUACAAUCCACAGCUUUGUAACAACCCAACUAACAAUGAUAAGCUGUAUAACACCUUAAUUAUACAAUUAGGCUUAUUAAUUAUACAGCGGCUUAUUCAUCUGUUGUGCAACAAUAAUGUUUUUUGGGAAGGCACUGGCUGCAAAAGAAAUUACGCCCUUUUGAAAUGUUGGCGCCGAUGGUAUUUUUGGCAGUUGGGUUUUUGUCGACAAAAUUGCCUGAAACUAGGCUGUACAAUUCAGUUUGGAACGUAAACUUGUAGUUCAUCAGGUUUUUUAAAACACCCGAUGACGAAGAGAACAAAGCUGCCAAAAAUAGCAGAACUACCCCUAUUUACCAGCCGAUUAACUAGUUAACUAGCAAAACAUUUCAGAUUAGCAUGAUCAGGUGAGCUGGCCUACGAUUAUUUUAAUUAGAGGUUUUUCGAACGUGAUUUGGCCAUUGGAGCCGCUAUUUUAGAAUUCUUUGUAGUUUUGUUUUAUGAAGAGAAUCAUUCGUGUAGAGCACGUAAUGUCAAUGUAAUUGUUGUGAGUACUUUAAAACUUUCUAACACAGACUUAGUGUGAACCUAUAUUUGGAUUUUUUUCAGAGCGAAUUCAUCAUUUGAAUUGACAAAUUAAAAAAAUAUAUUUGUAUCCUAACUCAAAAGAAUUAAAAAACAAAUGGGACUGAUAUGCUAGUACCGACAUUCUUUAAAUUUAUAGACAUAACUGACACCGUUAAAUAUAAGGCAUGUAGAAAUCCUCUACAUAGAGAUAAGCGGAAGUUACAUAUGUCGAUUCGGCAACGCUGUUCAUUUUGUUUACAUCAGCUGCCAACACUUGCUGCAAAGCUAGAUGUUCAAACUUUGUGCGUGACUUCGUAGUGGUUCAAGUUGUUUUGUUUACAUUUUCUAAUUAUGGUAGAUUUUUUUUUCAAAAUUUUGAAAAAAAUAGCGGAGCAAUCGAUGAAAUCUGAAAUUUAUUGCAAAGUGUUAAGCUAAACAUAUCGGCAGAAAUGAAGCAAGAAGCAGCAAUGAAAGUUUUUUCGAGAAGUGCAGCAACAAAAGUUUCGUCAUAAGCUUGAGCUUUUGAAAGCAGAAUUAAUUAAAUUCUAUCUUUUUACUAAACUUACAUAUACCGUCAAUUUCUCGAUAUUAAAAAUAAAUAAUUUGUAUUUAUUUAGUUCGGAUUGCAAUACCGUUCAAUCGAAGCCUUCUUACGAACGAUCAGCCUGUUCAUUUGGCUCACACUUUGACAGUUCUUUCUGCACGAUUGGCUUACAAUGGCCGCCUCCGCAGAUC